CGCCAUUUUGUUUAGGUAGCGAACCUGAACUCGUGGCCUCGGUAAGUUCGGUUGAAAAACAGCCAAUAUUGAUAAGAUGGACGAAAAACCGAUACGAAUGGAAUGCCCUAGCCUUCCCAAUGGCUGGCAGCGUGAAAUUGUGAUGAGAAAGUCUGGAUUAUCUGCCGGAAGAAGCGACGUUUAUUAUUACAGGUAUGGUUUUAUGAUCGAUUUUACAACCCUCUAAAUGGUAUUAAGCUAGGGUGGAUUGUUUUCCUUUAAAUUCUGAUUCAGAUUGUUUGGUUUUAUUUGUCUUUUUUGUUGUUGUUGGAAAUCUUCAUGCCUUCUGAAUUCUCGAUGUUUCGCAUUUUUUUGGUCUCGUUAACUUUGAGGGACUUUUCGGCGGUUACUCAAUCUACUAAGGGGCUUUCCAUUGUUUGAAUAGUAGUAUCCAGGACGCGUUUGUUCGCUUAAUGAUCACCGGGAUUAUUUUAAUCCCACGUUAUUUGUAGGAGAAAGAGACUUUCCAUUAGAUGUGCCCAGUUACUGCCCUUCUAAACAAGUUCCCACACAUGUCAGGCUCAUCUGUGAUCUUGAGAUUUACCUUUUAAACAUUAUUUGCAUAAUUAACCAAAAAAAGUUGAAGGUACCUGUACGAAGUGUUUGAUACCAGUGGGAGCAGCUACAGAAUACAGGGCCAUAUCUUAAGGUCUUAAACAGAAGUGGCUCGAAGGGUUGCUAGUCGUGACAAGUGUUUAAAGAACAAAAAAGACGUAACACAUGAUAAGUAAAAUACUGGUGUGCAACAAACAUAGACAGCAAUUUCACAACAUUGUUGUGAAAUGCUUUUACAGAUUCCCUAUCCCUAAAGUUUAAGUCUUCUAAAAGUCUAUUUAGGGAUAGGAAAUCUGUUAGAGCAUUUCACAACAAUGUUUACCUCAUUUACCUGUCAGUCUGCAAGUCUGCAGUCUGCGUUUGUCGCACACCAGUAAAAGACAGACAUAAAGAAAGACAUACACCUAUUUCAAUUAAGGUUGCUUCUGAGAAGAAUAAUGCAUGAUCCAUGUUUCUUAGUCCACGGUGCAUUAUUGUAAUUAGAAACUUUAAGAUCCAACAACACGACGGCGACAAAAACGUCGCUUAAAAAGUGAAUUUGCGUUCUUUCAGUCUUUAUAGUGAUCCUUCCCACUUACUUUGCAAAUUGUAGGCAAACCCUCCUGAAGCUGAAUUUCAAGGGACCAUGUUCAAGCUCAGAAAGAGAAAUAAAAUUUUGUCGUUCCUUGUUUACAUCCUCCAGAAAACACAAAAUUAGGCAUUUUCAAGUCAUAGUUGUGCAAAAACGGGAAUGAAAUGUACAAAAGAGUGUGAUGCAUGUGCGAAGUUGUUGUUUUGCUGAUUAAACCUAUUGUUUUUUUGAUGUUCUCGUUGUCGUCCUCGUCGUUGGAUCUUAAAGUCCCUAUAUGUGGCCACAACGAUCCUAGAAAGCAAACGCUGCUAACGCUUUUAUGCUAUGUCAGCAGAACGUUAAGACAAUGUAUUUCAAAACACUGAAUCCUAGGCUUUUUAAUUUAAGACAGUGAUUUGAGGUUAGGUUUUUCUCUGUGGUAAUAUGUUGCAAAUUUUCGACGAGUUUGCUUUGCUUUGUCGAACAACAAUAAAUAACUUAACAUUACGCGUUGAUUUAUUUUUGAGGCAAUUUUUUAAAACUGAAUAAGAAAAAGAAUAGCGUUGAUUUGCUUUAUUAAAAUAACCAGCAUUCUGGCCCAUGCAAAAACGCAGCUUAAUCAGGUGGUAAAACCCUAUUCAUUUAAUGUUGUUAAAAGAAGAGGCUUCUAAUUUUUUACUAUGAGGUUUUAAAAAUGAAAAUUUUCAGCUCACUCAUACUUAAGAAUGUUAGCAGCCAUUUGACUUGAAAGCUCUCUUGAACGCCUUUUCACAAAUGGUCACCAUUAUUUCAAUGAACGUGAACAAGAUUAAACUUCCUGUUACAAAAGGGUUUAUCAUAGUACACUGCAGGCUAUGAAACAUGGUUCACGGGAAUAACCUUAACUGAAAUAGGUGUAUACAUAUGAGUUUGGCAAGUUUUAAAGAACAAGUAUAUAUUACUGAUGAGCCAUUGAGCCACUAAAUUUUAGUGGCUCAAUGGCUCAUCAGUCAAUGUGAGUGUCUCUGUCAAAGAAUAAGAAGGGUAUAUAAUUUAGUGGCUCGGCAGCUCAGCGGCUUGUCAGUCAAGGUUUCUGUCUUACUCAAGAAAGGUAUAUGUUUUGAUGGCUCAGUGGCUUAUCAGUGACUGCCGAGCCACCAAGCCACUAGAACAAAUAUAUACCUAGAAAAUUUGCCCUGUAUUCUGUAGUUAUGCCCACCACUGGAAAGGUGGUGUAUUCUAGUUAAUUUGCUGCAUAGCAGGUAAUCCAUUUAACUGCGAUUAAUUUUUGUAUAGAAACUGGGAUACUUUUAAAUCAAACUCUUGCAUCAACUUAAGGCUUUUGAGAUAGAAAAUAAGUAACAUGUAAGCAUGAAAUUUCACUGAUUUGAGACCAGCAUACCCAAAUAGCUUCCACUAUUGCUGCAAGUGUUGCAAUAGUAACAACAUUAUCAUAUUAUAUCUGAGACCAGACAACCUCUCCAUGGCCAAACAAUUUUGAUAAUCCAAAACUUGAGAAAAAUUAAAAUUCAUGUCGUAAUUAUCAUUGUGAAGUAGACAAUGAGGAAAGGAAUGUCUGUUACCCGGCAAAGAAGCUAACAGAAAUAUUAAAUGUGAGGCCAUUGAAAAUUUUUAAGAUUUUUGGAGAAACCAAGGACUCUUGUCUUUUUGAAUAAGUGGCAAUCCUUAAGAAGCAUGUAACUACAUGUACAAUAAGUCCAAACCCUGUUUUUUUUUCUCAAUACAUUAGGCAAAUUAAUUAUUAUCAAGAAAUAAAAAAUAAAUUGUUUUUUUAAUAAUUUUGUUAGCAAACAACAACAACAACUGUCAAAAAAGGAAAGAAGUACAAGCACAGUUCAACCAUAAAAAGUUCGUAAUUCUGUAAAAAUGUUUAGUUUCUUUUAAUCUCUCAAAACAACUUAGGUGAAAAAGUAGUUGGACAUGGCUAACACUGGGAAAUGGAUACUUCUCUUCAAUUUUGAACUGGAAAACUUUUGCUGCAAAUUCUUCUUUAAGUUGCAAUCUCAAUGUCAGUGACAUGAUGGGGUUAGGGUAACAUACCAAGUGUUAUGGUUUUAGGCUAGAUAAUGAACCAAGUUUUUGAAGAUUGGUUUGAAAAGGGUAUAUCCAAAGUAAAGUACCUCCAAACAGGAAACAACAAAUUUGUGACUCUCAAUGAUUUUGCCCCCAAAUAUUACAUUAUAUUAUGCCCUCUCUGCUUCAUUAGGUUUAUUUUUAACAAUUAAUGAAUGAGGCUGAUUAUCUUAUGAAGAAUUAUGGAGAUUGAGGAGGGUGUUAUCCCGAGGCGGAUAGCACCCUCUGAGAUCUCCAUAAUUCUUCAUAUAAUACGAAAGCCGAAUUCAAUAAUUGUUUUGUUAUUCAUUCAAAAUAUUUCAUAGUUUUAAAACAUGGCUAAACAUGCUUACCUCCAUCGAUCCAUCCACGUUAAGUUCAUCUUUGAUAGUGCACGUUUAGGGUUGUUCAGCUCCGCAAAUAUUCUCCAAAUAGCAGAGGUCCCCCUUCGAGUUCUCUUCUUGCUGUUCUUGCCAUGUUUUUAGUUACUUUUUCGUCUAGUUCUUAUUCUUGAAAUGAGUGAAAUGUCCGCCAUUUUUCAAGUUCACAACCAAAACAACUCCACCUCGUCCAGGUCUUCUCUGAUAAUGGUGCAUUAACCUGUAGAAGGCUGCAUUUUUGACGUCAUUUCCUCAUCAAACACAAAAUUCUUCCAAAUUGGGUCAUCGGUAACUGGUUAAGGUGAAUUAUGCGGUUGCUUUUAGCCAAUCAGAAUUGGGGAAAUAUUUUUAAUGAAUAAUAACAGCUGUUAAAUCCCUUUGCAAAAUUUUACCAAAUCUGGCAGGUGAGGCAAGAGACUACAACUUUGAAACUUUACAUGUAUGUGACAAAAAUAUUGUAAAACUGAUCAGAGCCAAAAGUCUAACCUCAUGUAAUAUCCAAGUAAAUGCUUUCAGGACUGUAAAUACUUAGGAGAGAAAAAAAGCUUAAAUUGGGAACUUGCCUACAUGUAUCACAUGGCACUUUGGUGCCCAAGGAGCACAAAACUAAUAAAGUUUUAGGUUUAACAUUUACAUAGACUCAAACCAAAUAACGAUUACUUACUUAAAAUUGGAAGAAAAUGGCACUUUACUUUUUCCUGCAAUUCCAUAGAGACAUCAGUAGUCAUCUUUUUUUGGUCAUACCAUGUCACGUCCUCCUUUUAGAAAAGCAUGACUGAUUGCAGGGCUCAAAGAUUACAACUAACUGGUCGCAUAUGCAACUGGAUUUUUGGUUGUGCACCUAAAAAUUCAUGUGUAAUCGCACUUGUGCACCACAAAACCCAAAGCACAGUGCGACUGACUUGCUUCCGACCAUACUUACGUGCUUGAACUAUAAGCACGUUAAACAGUAGCUUCAAGCAAAUUAUGAGAGAAAAAGUAAUGUAGAAAUAGCACAACAAGGCUCUAAAUAAUAAGUUACAUUGUUUUUCUUUCAUCUGUGCUUGUUUAAUUCAUCUUUUCUCCCAACGGAUUCCACGAACCCGAAUUUUCAUUUUGAUUUUGAUGUUCUACUUCAUACCAGACUCUUCUGUUUUGUAAUAAACGCUGCUGACAAAUGUAAAUAUGCUACGAACAAAACACAUGCUUUUUGCGAAUGGGCGAUCGUGUCGAACGUUCAGUUUUAAGGUCAAUCAAAACAAAAAAACAGUGCAGAUUAAGGGCCUUUUUUUCCAUGUAAGAAAGUUUUUAAGUCAUAUCCCAGUUACAUGUAAGUCAUUGAGCAUUUUUAAACAAAUUCAUUAAAGAUUAAUUUUCAUUCUCAUGACACACUCAUUGUUGUCAGUUUUGAAUUUUUUUUUAAAGUGUAAGUUUUCUUUAGUCACCACUGUACUGUCAAAAAGAGAAAUUAGUAUUAAAAAUCACAAAGGGUAUUACUGCUUAGCAAAUCGGCUGUGUUUUAUCAAUCACGGGACUGAAAUAAAAGUAACAAACUGAAUAUGACAUAUAAACGUGGCACUAUUAAGUUGUUUACUUUUUCUUUUGAAAAAGAUGCUCCCAAUAUUAUAAACUGUGCUCUACAACUUUCAGCUGUCUGCCUAAAAUUUUGGCAGUGCGCAUAAAAAUUUACAUCUGGUAGUACAAGUGCUCCCAAGCUCAAAUUUAAACUCUGAGCCCUGGAUUGAUAUCAAAACUCUCUUUCAAUAGUCUUCAAAUACAACUUGUUGAACAAAACUGCAUUUGGGCUUGUUAAAGUACUGUCUCUUGCUAGUACAGUUCCAUAUUUGGCAAGCAAAUAAUUAACAUACCAUCUUCUGUACAUGUUCCUAACCAUAUAAAAUCAAGAUCUAUAAACUUGGGCAACACCAAAAAAUAGAACUUCCUUGUAGAUAGUUUUUAAUAGUUUUAACUUGUUUUUCCCUUCCCUCGACUGAAAAAUACUGGAAAUGUGUUUACUUUUUUGUACAUUCAUUAUAUGGAAUUACAUUUAAUAAAUAAAUAAAUUAAUUAUUAAUUAUUAGUUAUUGGGUAAAUGAACGGAAAUUUGUUAUUCCAUUUUCCUUCACUAUUGCUAAACAAUAUUGCUGUUUAAAUUUUCUUAGUUUCCUAAACCUUCAGAAAGCGAAAAUUGAACUUUUUUCAUUUUCCCGAGAAAAUGAAAAUUAAGGACAUUGAAUUUCAGUUUUCAUUUUCUCUUGUUAACAAAACUCACAGAGAGAUAUUUUGGAAAUUUCAAUGCAUGCUUUUGGUGCAAGUUCAUAAAGUUUUUAGGUACGUUUACCCCACCAACAUGCAAUUAUUACUGAUAAGCAAAUUAUACCCUUUUUACAGGAAACCCUUCAAUUACAAACAACAAAUUGUGUGAGCUAAACUUUUCUUUCAUAAUUAUAUCAGUGUCAGACAUUAUUCCAAACAAAUCUGUUCCUAAAAUGAACACUUAAGAAUGAUGAGGUGUUAUAACCGGGUUUGGAGGAGGGGUUUUGAUCCCGCAUUCCCGCUCUUUACUCACGUAAAUCCCGCAUUCCGCACUUUUUUUCAUCGCUUUCCCGAAACCCGUUUUUUUGUGUUCAAAAUAUGUACGUUGAUAAAAAAAAAAACUAAUUGCUGUAAAUACUAAUGAUCUAAGAUGUAGAUUAGCUCUUUUGAUUGAUAUUUUGAAUUUACGAGUGUUCUACGGCCAUUGCCAAAAAAGGGAAAUAGCUUUUCAUAUCUCAGUUUUACCAACCGGAGGGGAAAAGGGGGAAGAAACGAAGAGGGGGAGAGAGGAGGGCGGGUUUCUUUCCCCCUUCUCUCUCAACCCCCACCCCUACGAUGUUUUUUCUUGCUCCCUUUUCUUUCCGCUGCCCCCUCAACUGAACUCCUGGAACGUGAAAUUCUGGCGCUAGAGAACUCUCUAUGGCCGCAAGAAAUAACGACACCAAAACUCUUGACGUUCUUAUUCACAAGAGCAGAGCUAGGAUCACUGUUCUGUUUGCAAUAUCUUAAGUUUAAUGGAUCAAAGUAUCUCUUCAAGUUAUACAAUAAAUGUAAAGAGCUUGAGCAAUUGAAGACAUAAGCACUAGGUCAUUAAAAACCAUGUGUGCUUUUCUCGCAUCCGCUUGAAACUGUAAGUCUUCUAUCCGCUCGUCCGUUGAUCACUUGAUAGUUUCAAUGAUGUAAUCAUUACCUACCUCACUCUUUUUCAUAGCCAGGAGAACGCUCGCCUGUUCGACUUCGCAUUUGCCGCUUGAACGUACGACUUCCCGAAUUUCCGACAGACGGGCAAAAAAAAUCGCGCACCCCGUGCCCAAAUUUUGGUGAAUCCCGCUUCCCGGUAACAGUCAAAUCCCGUUUCCCGUCAAGAUAUUUUGCGUUUUCCCGAAUCCCGCUCCGUAUUUUGUUCAAAUCCCGGAUCCCGAAAAUACCCUUCCAGAUCCUGUUUUAACAUUGAUUAAAUUUAACAUUAUAUCGGAGAAGGCCUGGCGUUAGUGCUGGCACAGGUACAGCAUAAUAUAACGUCUGAACUUGGAGUUGACUUAAGCAAGGUGUAGAGUCAGAUAAAAACAAACAAAGAAGAGAAAGAAGACAAGAUAAAACCCGGCGAUGGUUCGAAUUCAUUAAUUAUUUCAUUUGUAAAAACUUUGACAACUGCUUUAGCCGUUUUUGUUUGAUAUGGAACGGUGCAUAUUUUCCAUCCUGUACCCAUUUAUCUUUUAGUUUAAGCAAUUAAGUAAAUUGGUAAACAACAAAUUCAGCAAAUAUAGAUCGUUCCAUAGGUACUCAAGUUGGCCAAUUUUGUUUAAACCUGACAGAGUUAAACACAGAAAACCUAGUAAGAUUUUGAGGACAAAUCCACUGCCAAUUUUGCUAUUCACCCAGUACUCUUUGCAGUUUAAAUUUGCCCCUUUACUACAGAUAGCAAGCCAGAAGAAAGAAAGGCGAUUAAGUGGGCAAGUAAGUUGGCGUUAAAAAACAUAAAAGGCAGAGUGAAACAACAGAGCGAGAUCCAAAUAGAUUCGACAAAAAUAAUCCAAAUUUUGGCUUAUGCGCAUGCGUCAAAACCAAAAAAGCUGCUUCUAAAAUUACAUCCAACUAGUAGGAAAAUCUGUUCUGAGUGUUGCAAAAUUGAUUUUUAGCCGUUCCCUUACUAAUCGGCCUAAAACUUAGCCUGAAAUUCAGACGAUUACUUCGAGUCGUUUUUACUCCCUCAGCAAAAAAGUAAUCGUCUGCAAAUUCAGGCUGCCUAACACUGGUCCCAAAAAGAUUAACUUGGUGCAUGUUUUGGACGGAUGCAAUCACCAGAUGACUUAAUACAAAAGAUUGACACGGUAUAAUAUCCACACCACAAAACAACAGCUAACCAACAUAGUCUCCGCAACACCAAGAAACACCCCAAAAAGAGGAGUUGGUGAAAAACCAAUGCGGUUUAUCGACAUUCGCUGGUGUUCGCCAAAGGGUAACUAGUCUCUCACCCAGCCGUUUUUGCCUCGUCACGCAACGCUCCUUCCCAACAAACGGCUGCUAGUCACAUUCGAACCACAUUCCUUUCGUUAUUUUACAGUAAGUGGCGUAGUACAUUCAGCGAACAUAGAGAUCAGACCAUGCUUCGAGUGUUUUUUAACCGCCCACCUCAAAAAGUGGUCGCGGUCGUUUACGAGAGGAUCUAAUUAAUUCGCCCCUGGAAAUUUUGCCUUGCCUGCGUGGCAGGCGUUUGAAAGGGAAGGGAAAGGGAGUUUUAGGCACGAGAGAAACGCGAGGGACGUUUCCCUCGCGCCCAAAACCCCCUUUCCCUUCUCUUUCAAACGCCUGCCACGCAGGCUAAAUUUUGCCGAAAAACGCGUUUUUCGCUAGUCGAGCGGUUUUGUGGUCACUGUCGUGCUAUAAAUAGCUAUAACUUACCAUAAAGCCUUUUACAGGUCUUACACUUGUGCGGUCCUCUGAUCUAUUAGCUUGCGAAGUUCGGGCAUGCGCAGCAAGUGAACAUGAUCCUUGAGAUACAAUGAACAACCCAAUCGGUUGAAAACGUGAAAAAUACUGAUCAGGCUUCACUUUCACAUGUAUAAUUAUUCUGAUUAUUAUCUGGUAGUUCGUCCGUUUUCUUUACCUUGUAAUGUUUUUUUUCUUAAACAGUCCAGAUGGAAAGAAAAUUCGCUCCAAACCUCAGCUGGAAAAACAUCUUCCAGACUUGGAUCUGGGCAACUUUGAUUUUCGAAGUGGUACUUAUUGCCGACGAAGCAAACGUAAGCAAGGUGACAAGGAUCAGAGUUUUUGGCGCGACUUAAAUGGAGGCAUCAUCCCAGCUCCGGUGCGUCAAUCCAACAAAUCACUGUCAACACAGAAAGUAACAUAUUAUCCUCCGUCUAUGGUGGUGGCAGGUCCAAAAGAGAAAAAGCGAAAACAUGAUAAUGCAGCGAAUACAAAAACUGACAAAGAUAAACCAAAACAGCUGUUUUGGGAAAAAAGACUACAAGGGAUCCAGGUUAGAUCGAUGGAUGAAAACGUGAUUAAAUGCUUUCAAUUGCCCAGCCAAAUAAAGAGUGUUGGACCCAGUAUAAAUCAGAAGAGUUUAAUGCACUCGUUAGUGACAAAUUUAUACAACAAAGCAAGUGUCAAAGGGCAAGACAGGUCCGCAGUAGCCUUGGAGAAACAUCCUGAGGUGUGGCUUAAUGCUGAACAGCCUCUGUGCGCACCAUUUGUCAUUACGGAGGCAGAUAUUAAAAAACAAGAGGAAAAAGUAUCCACAUUGAGGAGGCAGUUAUCUGAGGCUCUUGUUGAAUACGAACAUUUGAAGAGAGACCUCCCGGUAAAAUAGGCGGAAUGCAUGUAUGCAACAUAAGUCGUUCAAGACAGCUCUGCAAUUAUCUUUCUGAAAUCUAUUUUUCUAACACUUCUUGCCC